GAGUUAUAUCGAGGUAGCUAUAUAAAAGUGAGGCAGCGGAGCGCCCGGCAGUUCCUCCACAGAAUCUGUCCGAGUCCGACGUAUCAACCUUCACCAUGCAGCGACUAACCUUGUUUUUACUCUCGGCGGUGUUGGCUGUCGCUCUUGCAGAGGGCCAGUACUACGUGCCACGCGCGUACUACACGAUUGACUCUACAGGGCAUGCGUCGGCGCCCGUGCCUCUGCAGCGCCUGCGUCGGUCCUUCUACCCCUAUCCCGGCCCUGGAUCUGAUGCUAAUGCCAACGCUAACGCCAACGCAUGGGGAGGUGGCACCGCUAACGCGAACGCGAACGCUAACGCCGGCGGGCGCUUCCCCGGUAGUGCUGGCGGCAGCUGGGGCGUGCCCGGAGCAUACGGAGCUGCGAAGCCGAUGGGCCCCGGGAUGACUCGACGUAUGUUCGGUGCAGUGAACGGCGCCAACUCGGUCUCUGCCAGCUCCUCCGUGGAUGUCGACGGGGAAGGGAACGGCUCUUAUGACGUGUCCUCUUCUGUUGGUUACUAAACCGAAUCAACCACGAACCGCGAGUGAUGGUUGAGCUUUCAUCCGUCGUGUUUUAACUAGUAUAUAUUAUGAAAAUAAAGACGAGAGUGACGCAAGAUACGAUAGACGGUAAAAGUGCCUCCAUCAAAUCCGACUGUAUCUACCCUAUAGGGCUGACUGCAGCUUCAAUUCCUUAAGUUAAUCAGGUCAGGUGCCGUUCAGCCCUAUAAUGUGGAUGCUUGUAUUUACAACGACAAAUGCCUUCAGAAUUGUUUCUCUGCCUUAAUUCUAAUAAUUUAGUUAUAAUUAAUCCUAUGAAUUAAUACGCAAGAAGUCCACUCUUGACAUCAUUUACUAUUUCGUACAUACCUAAAUAAAAUGGGCUACGUGUAGCUAAAGUAACCUGCUUACGGUCCUAUUGCGAAUAUACUUUUUGGUUCCUAAUCAAAAAAUAAUUUAAUGUGUGAACUUGUGUAAGUAGAUUAUUAUAUUAAUUAGUUAGAUUAUUAGUGUCAAUGUAAUUGUGUAAGGAACCAUGAAAAAUCUAAUUUAACAUCGAACAAUUGAAUUAAUAUCUCAAAAUUUAUAUGCGAGUACACGCACAUACAAACUAUUACAAACGCAAUAAUGCGUGUUAAUUAAAAUUAAUUGCAACAUUACGAGUAUGUGAUAUGGUUAACAUUCUACAACUGUGUGAAUUUGUAUUAGGUACUGUUGUAGCGUUUAGUAAUAUCUUAUUUUAAGUAACUUUCAUGUGAUAUAGUUUAAUUGAAUAUAGAGGUACAUUGUUCAGGAUGGGUACCAAAAUAAUAAAUGCAUUUUAUGUUUCA